AUGAUUGGGGGUUCAUCGGCAAUGAAUGCUAUGGGAUUUGUUCGAGGGAGUCGGUUCGACUUUGAACAAUGGGAACGUGAAGGUGCCACUGGCUGGGGAUACGAUAAAGUUUUGCCGUAUUUUAAGAAGCUUGAAAACGCAAAAUUAACGGAUUAUGGAAAUUGCGGCAACUUCAUUUUAUAUUUAGAAACACGAGGCAAAUUUGGACCCAUAGUAGUGAAUCAAGAGAGCGCAACACCUCUAAGCUUUUUCCACCUAAAAGCGGCUGCAGAAAUGAAUCUUCCUGUUAUUGACUGCAGCGAUCAAAACCCAAGAGGUAUUUGUGUCACACAAUCAAAUAUCAAAAAUGGAACUCGUUGUAACUCCGGAAAUUGCUACUUGAGGCCUGCAUUGGAAAGACAAAACUUGCAAGUUAGUCACCGAUCUCAUGUUACCAAGAUUCUUUUUCGCAAAAAUAAAGCUGUAGGAGUAGAAUUUGUGAAAGAUAACAAAACAAUUAGAGUUUUUGCCAAAAAAGAAGUAAUUCUGUCGGCAGGUGUUAUUGGUUCAGCUCAGAUUCUUCUUUUAUCAGGAAUUGGACCAACCGAGCAUCUUCGACAAAUGAAUAUUAAUGUCAAAUCAAACUUACCAGUUGGAAAAAAUAUGCAGGAUCAUCUUGAGUUUUUUCUCCAGUAUAAUAUGAAUAUGAGCUUAAAUACUAACAGUGAAAAUUUUGCAACACCUAGGCGAAUACUUAACUACGUAUUCAACAAGAAAGGUAUAUUUUCUGGAAGCGGUGGGGAUGUCGAUGUUUUUACACAUACAUGUAGGAAAAUGAACGAAGGUCCAAAUAUUCAACUUACAAUUAUUCCAACUGCUUACGAAAAAGGCGCAGUUGAAGAUCCAUUUCUAGAUCUAAAGGAAGAGGUAGUUAAAGAACAUCUGAAACGUGUUAACUCAAACAGUUUUCAAGUUAUUCUAUACAUCCUGAAACCAAAGAGUAAAGGAUAUAUGGAACUAGUAUCUACAAAUCCAAUGGAUUAUCCUUUAUUGGAUCCUAAUUAUUUAUCACACAAAGAUGACGUGAAAACAUUUAUAAAAGGUAUCCGUUUUACUCGUCGCCUAGAGAAAACUAGUGCUUGGAAAAGUAUCAAUGCAACUUACAUAAGACACGAUACACCAAAUCACUGCAGUGAAAUAGAGUAUGACUCUGAUGAUUAUUGGGAGUGUAUGCUUCGCCAUUUUACAAGAAGGGGAGAUCAUCAAAUGGGAACAUGUAGAAUGGGAUCAGUUAAUGAUCCCUCGUCGGUCGUGGAUCCUAGAUUGAGGUUAGUACAUUAUUUAGAGCAAAUACAAGAGUAA